CUCUCUGGGGAGAGAGAGGAGGGUGGCCCUGCCUCUAAAAUGAGUCUCUCUGGGGAGAGAGAAGAGGGGGUCCCUGCCUCUAAAAUGAGUCUCUCAGGGGAACAUGACAGCAAAGCUAAGAGUCCAAUCAAGCAGGAGAGACCAGCCUCCCCUGUUCCCAGCUGUGUGUCCAUGAAGAGUGACUGGUCUAUGGAACAUCCUAUAGAGUUUAGAGAGGGAGACUUUUCUACUGAACAAAGGUACAAGGACAAUGUAGCACGUCUGGUGAACAGGUUCCAUAUCCUCAGUCAGACCGGUACAAACAGGAUCAGCAGCACAACAAGGGGACAGUGGUCUAAAAUGAGUCUCUCCGGGACGAGAGAGGAGGGGGGCCCUGCCUCUAAAAUUAGUCUCUCUGGGGGAAAUGACAACAAAGCUAAGAGUCCAAUCAAGCAGGAGAGACCAGCCUCCCCUGUACCCAGCUGUGUGCCCAUGAAGAGUGACAAGUCUAUGGACCCUCCUAUAUGGUUUAGAGAGGGAGACUUUUCUAAUGAACAAAGGUACAAGGGCAAUGUAGCACAUCUGGUGAACAGGGCAGAGUUCCAAAGCCGCAGGCAGAACAGUACACACUGGAUCAGCAGCACAACAAGGUAUACAGUCUCUAGCCUGUGAUAAGAUGGAAAGAAAGGGAUCUCUGCUUUCUCCAUUCAAAUAUGUUCUUAACAUUAGAAUUAUUUCACAAUACUGACCACGGAUCAGUUUCUAUUAUCCCCUAUGGCUGCAAAUAUUGAGGCAGUUAUUCUAAUGCUUACCCCCAAGAAAUUCACUAAAUCACCGAUUUGGCACAUCAUUGUGUUCAUGUUAGGAUACACAUCAUGUAAUAUAUUGAGAUAAAUUACAGACAGUAGUCUACAAGUAGCAAAAUAUAACUCAAUAUACUGAACAAUAUGAUUGAAAUAGGCCUACAGCCUACAGUUUAUAUUUUUAAUGCCAUUUUAAACCAUGUGAUUCUAUGUUUAGCAGAGAUCUUCUGUGUAUAAAGUCAUGUGGAAGGGCAAAAAAGCAUCUAACAACACAAUCAGCUGUUCUACUAGUGGUCUGAGGCAGGUGUUAGAUUACAAAUGUUUUUUAAAUGUUAAAAACUUGUUAUGGCUGCUGUCCCUG